AUGAACAUGAAGAUGAGCGCUCAUGAAAGCGGUGGUGCGACAAUGGUGGUACAAGGGGGAAAGAAAGCGGUGCCGGCGCCGGCGGUGUAUGAUGACCGAUCAUCGUCAAAUAAUAAUUUUGGAGGAAGAAGGAUGACGGUGAUAUCAAAAUCGAAAACCAGGAGCAGCUAUUUCAGUUUGGAAUCAAUGGUGGUGUUGAUAGGUUUAACGGCGUCGUUGCUGAUACUUCCGUUGAUACUUCCGCCGCUACCGCCGCCGCCGCUCAUGCUGUUGCUUCUUCCGAUCUUCAUAUUGGGUGGCCUCAUUGUAUUCGCCUUCAUGCCUUCGUCGUCGUCCACCUCUCGUCAUAAAAACAUCGCAUAA